AUGUAUACGGUCACGUUGCGCACUACGUGCAGAGAGCUGGAGAUACUAGCCGCAGCAGUUACGUCAAAGCCUAGUACCGGAUGUGUCUUGCGCCCCGCCUGCCUCCUGCCGACUUCCACCGACCUCCGUUUCCUGUGCGCCUGCGCUAGCCCUUGGCUUGGAGCAGCCAUGAUGGAAGGCCUGGACGACGGCCCUGACUUCCUCUCUGAGGAGGAUCGAGGACUUAGAGCAGUAAAUGUAGAUCUUCAAAGUGAUGCUGCCCUGCAAGUGGAUAUUUCUGAUGCUCUUAGUGAGAGGGAUAAAGUGAAAUUCACUGUUCACACAAAGAGUUCAUUACCAAAUUUUAAACAAAAUGAGUUUUCUGUUGUUCGACAACAUGAGGAGUUUAUAUGGCUUCAUGAUUCCUUUGUUGAAAAUGAAGAUUAUGCAGGUUACAUUAUCCCACCAGCACCACCAAGACCGGAUUUCGAUGCUUCAAGAGAAAAACUACAGAAACUUGGUGAAGGAGAAGGGUCAAUGACUAAGGAGGAAUUCACAAAGAUGAAACAAGAACUGGAAGCUGAGUAUUUGGCAAUAUUCAAGAAGACGGUUGCAAUGCAUGAAGUCUUCUUGUGUCGGGUUGCAGCGCAUCCUAUUUUGAGAAAAGAUUUAAAUUUUCAUGUCUUCUUGGAAUAUAAUCAGGAUUUGAGUGUACGUGGAAAAAAUAAGAAAGAGAAACUUGAAGAUUUCUUUAAAAAUAUGGUUAAGUCGGCAGAUGGUGUCAUUGUUUCAGGGGUAAAGGAUGUAGAUGAUUUCUUUGAACAUGAGCGAACAUUCCUUUUAGAAUAUCACAACCGAGUUAAGGAUGCAUCUGCUAAAUCAGAUAGGAUGACAAGGUCACAUAAAAGUGCUGCAGAUGAUUACAAUAGAAUUGGAUCUUCACUUUAUGCAUUAGGAACACAAGAUUCUACAGAUGUAUGCAAAUUUUUUCUUAAAGUUUCAGAAUUGUUUGAUAAGACAAGGAAGAUAGAAGCACGAGUAUCUGCUGAUGAAGAUCUUAAACUUUCUGACCUUCUAAAAUAUUAUUUAAGGGAAUCUCAAGCUGCUAAGGAUCUCCUGUACAGAAGAUCUAGGUCACUAGUGGAUUAUGAAAAUGCUAAUAAGGCAUUGGAUAAAGCAAGAGCCAAAAAUAAAGAUGUUCUCCAGGCUGAAACUUCUCAGCAAGUAUGUUGUCAGAAAUUUGAAAAGAUAUCAGAAUCUGCAAAGCAAGAACUUAUUGACUUUAAGACAAGAAGAGUUGCUGCAUUCAGAAAAAAUUUAGUGGAAUUGGCAGAACUGGAACUAAAACACGCAAAGGGUAAUUUACAGUUGCUGCAAAGCUGUCUGGCAGUGCUAAAUGGAGAUACAUAAAUUACACUUCCUGUUCCUGUUAUCAAGGGCUGCCUUCCUUUAUAUUUUGUUGUUGCUGUUGAUGGCCUCCAAGCAUUUACUGGGCAUUGGAGGGAAACAAUCAACUGACAAAAUGCUCUUAAUGUUCCGAUUUUAAACAAUGGAUUAAUACUACUAUCAAAUGAUUCCUAAGUAUGUAAUGCAACUUUGCUCAGAAAUACAUAUAUUCACAUGUACAUUUAUUUAAUCACAGUAUACUUUUCUUGUUCAGAAACCAAAAGUUGUUUUUUUGUGAAAGUAGGCAAUAUAAUUAUGUUCAUGUUAUAAAUAUACUUACAUGUAGCUGCCAAUCUUAUUUUUUAAGUUAAUCCAUUUGAUUAAAUGGGAUCAUAUUUCCAUUGGUUAUUUUUUGAAUACUGUUACUAUAAAGCAUUGUUUACUCACAUAUACUUGCAAAGCAUCUUGAUUUGGCUUAUUUUUAGUUAAUCAACUUAGAAGUUUUAAAACAAUUGUUAUAUAAUCUUACUAUGAUUUUCAAAGAAACACAAAUGCAUUAGUAUGUUUGCCUUAACUUGUAGACUAAUCCUUAUUGUAAAAUAAACAGUGAUAACAGUGAUAUUUUUAAACUAUAUAGUCAUUGUAUCACUAUAAAAUUUGCAAUUGGUCCAGUAAACCUACUUAUUUGUUAGGCUUUAAAAUACAGGUUCAGUUUUAAAUAUCUUUAAAUCACUUUAAAGUGAUAUAUUGCACCAAGCACACCAGUUCCUUUGCAAAAAUAAAUAAAUAAGGUACACCUCUGCUCUUGAAACACAUAGAUGGAAUUUGGAUAAUUGAUUUAAAUAUGUACUUAUAAAAUAUGUAAGCACAAAAUUGACAUUGGGAAUUACAGAGCCUAGAUUUGGGUUUAGUCAUUGAGCUAGCUAUAUGGUUUAUGUUAUCGAACUGCCUGGUGCUUGAUUCCCCAACUUAUAGUUUGAUUUAAUAAGAAAAUAUUUGGUAGAUUUGGUUGAAAAUCAGUAUAUAGAAACCAUAUUAGUUUGGUCACAAAUUAAAAUUGGUUUUGAUGUUUAUAAUGUGAAUGACUAUUAGUAUGUUUACUGGUUUGAAGUUACAUUGAGUUCAGUUUGAUUUUUUUCUUUUUAACUUUUUCUAACCAUUCUUUCCUUUAAAAGCAUAGUCAUUUGGGGUUAGGAAUAAACCUUUUAUGAGUUGGCUAGUUUACUUUCCCUGCAUUUGUAGCAGGUUUGUUUACAUUUUCCUAAACCAUUCCUGAUGAAUGCUUAAUCUGUCUCAUAUUUCCAGUGCUGGUGAUUCCACAAUCUAUUUCUAUAUGUUCUGUUGCCUAACUGUUGUUUCUAGUAAAAUGUUUUCUAACUUUCUUAAAUAUCCAUGAUAGCAUUUAAGCUGUUCCUUUGUUGUUAUUGUUGUCAUCCUCUUCUUAGUUGUUGUGGGCUAAGAGUACCUGGUUUUGGUCCUUUAUGUAACUUCUCUGAUGAAAUGCAUUAAUGGGGGAGAAGGACCAUAGCUUCUGGAUUUUAAAUACAACUUCACUUACUGCCUUGGUGGCCUUGGGCAUGUUACUUAACUCUGCCUCAAUUUCUCCAGCUAUAAGAUAAAUUUGCCUACCUCACAGGGGUGUUGUGAGGAUUAAUAAAUGUUUUAAACUA